AAGAUAAUCGAGAUUACUGUCUGGAGCUCGAGUAGUUAACAAGAGUGUUUUUAUGCAUGCAAAAUGACAAAGAUCAAAAUGACCCGCCUUCUACAGAAUAAAAUGAAAACGAAACUUAAAGGAACAUUGCAAUAUAAACUUGAAUCGUCGUUGAAUGUCAUCAAGCAGAGCUCAACAUGGGAUCGGAUCAAUUUCAAUCUCAGAAUACAAUUAUUUGUGCACUUUGCGAGAAAUCAGACGAAACUGAAAUCACAGGGCCUCUCUCCUCCAAAGGAAACAUCUCCGCACAUCAAAACUGUUUGUUGUUUGCAUCAGCGAUCUACUGCAAGAAAUCGCCCACCUAUGACGACCUGUUUGGAUUUGAUGUAGAAGAUGUAAAGAAAGAGCUGAAGAGAGGAAAAAGACUACUUUGCCACCUCUGUAAAAAAAACGGUGCUACAGCGGGAUGUGAUGUAAAACGUUGUAAGCGCUCGUACCAUUAUCCCUGCGCCAUAGAGGAUCGUGCCAGAGCCCUUGAAGACCGUUUUAUACUGUUCUGUGAAUUACAUGAUCCAGAAUCCCCCCAAAAAAAAGGUUCGCCAGACGGUCGAAGGCCUAACAUGAAAAGGCCUGAAAGGAGAGAUUCUGAUUCAUCUACAGGGUCGUCAGAAGUGAAUUUGCCCAAAAAGAAGAAGAACGUGUCAUUUAUUUUGUUAGAUUCUGAUGAUGACACUGAAUAUUUGCAUCCUCCAGUAGAGUCAGAUAUAGAGGACUUUACACCUCCAAAUCAGAACAAUCCGUCAACUCCUGAUCCUGAAAGUAAAAGACCCUGUGCAAAGCCCAGUCCAUCAACCACAGGUUCAAAUAAACACAGUGUGUGUUCAUUAAACUUAACGUCUGCUCAGAAGGCUUGUGGAUCAGCAGACAAUCCAGGAGAAUUGCAUGGCAUGAGUAAACGUUAUCCAUAUAUGUACAGAGCAUGUACGUUUCGAUCGCUAAAAGUGGGAAAGCCCAGAAGGGGAAAAAAUAAAAGCAUUCUAGACUCAGAUGAUGAAAGCCCAACCAGCACUGACCGUGUAGUAGCUCCAGGGGUGUCAGAUCUGGAGGACUCUAUGCUUCAAAAACAGCCCAAUCAGUCCACUCCUAUGCCUAAAAAAACAAGGCCGUGUGAAAAACUUAAUCCAUCAACCACAGAAGCUGACGAUGACACCGACAUUGAUUCAGAAGAGUCUCAGAGUUUGUUACCAUCAAAAACGUACCAUAUCACUAUUCCCUGUAGCGUUAUUUUGGACUCUGGACCCUUUGCAGAAUCAGGUCAGCCCGGGUCACCUCAGCAUUCAAGGCCCACUGUAGACGUUCCAGCAGUCCCUUCGACAGGGGUUUCUUCAUCACCAGGUCGUCUCGCUGCAGCAGAUGCUUCUGAUGUGGGUGCCACAGUGAAAUCUGAGUCCAGUGCCACCAUAUUUUGGACCAGAUGUAAUGAGGCCGGGUGGACUAAAGAAAUCUUCUCAGAGCUUGUGUCUCAGCUGAGCAGCCUAGGAGAAAGAGUGCAGUCACAGAAAGACAGCCACCAAGAUUAUGAUGUUGCUCUCAAAGUAUUGGGGGCAUCUGGACGGCUGCCUUGCAUUAUUACUCAGCUGGAACAAGACCUGGAGAAAGAGGAACGGGAUUUGCGGAGGAAAGAAGCAGCACUGAGGGAUGCCAAAGCUGUACUAGAUGUUUAAUAUAAACAAUAUAACAGAAUUAAGAUGUUUUAUUAUUUUUAACAAUUAAUUUUUUCAAUGUUUAUUUUUUUAAGCCCAGAACAUUUCUGCACUUUGCAUAUGGUAUAUGUUUUUUUAAUGGGGGUUUACAGUAUGUCAGUGACAGAAAUAUCAUGAAAUAUGUCUGCAUAUGCCAGUGACAGAAAUAUCAUGAAAUAUGUCUGCAUAUGCCGUUUUGAUAUGAUCG